AUGCACCAGAAACCAUGUGCCACAGAGCGCGAGGCUGGAAAGAAGGAAGAACACCGUCCAAGCAGCUCUGGAGAUCCGGAGGUGAGCGACGGAGCCCGGUCAAACAAUACCGACAUCUACCCGCAAAACGCUUCCGCCUCUACUACCUGGGCCUCCGACGUGAGCAUAGCCCCCGAAACAACCGGCCUCUUUGCCAACGAACACACUUUCCCCUCAAGAGGCGCAUUUCUCUACCUCGUUCCCAAAUGUGUAGAACUCUUCUAUCAGCACCUGUAUCCCGUCAUGCCCGUCCUGUACAUGCCGGAAAUCCAACGAAUGGACCCGCGAAUCUGCGAUCUCCCCGAAAAGAACCUCCUGUAUUCCCUUUCGGCUCUUACCUGUUUCCGCAUGUCCGGCCACAGCCUCGGGGCUGAAGACAGUCCCGAAUUCUGGGACCAGGCAGGCCGUUUCCUCCUCAACGACUGCUUAGAUGUUAGGAAGCAAUAUGACUUAUAUGAGAACAUUUCCCUGAACACGGUCGUCUCGUCCAUGUUUCUCGCUUCUUCUUUCUUCGAAAUCAACCAGAGCACCAAGGCUUGGGUCUACCUGCGAGAAGCCCUGACCUUUGCACAGGAGCUGGGCUUGGAAGAUGAGUCAACUUAUGCAGGCUUGAGUCCCGAGGAAGCCCUGUGCCGGCAGAGGGUGUUCUGGUUGUUGUCAUUUGCGAUCCUUCGCAACAAGCCGCUCAUGCUACGCCGAACACCCAAACUUCCCAUGACCCUCCACGCUUACGAAUCCCGCGGCAUUCACACCGGUUUUCUCCAGCUUCUCGGCAUCUACAUUCCCCUCCGUGACUCCAUCAUCGAAGCCUGGACCUACGGUUCCCAUCCCACUGUCAAUGUCAAUACCUACCACGCUCUGCAAAAUCAACUUUCUCGACCAGCUGGUAGCUCAGGCGGCUUGUCCAUCCCACACCCACUUCUUCCUCCCUCUCCCACCGUUGCUGUAUCUUCUGUACAGAUUCCGGUUAGUCAGGCUUGCGGCUUUUCCGACCCUUCACUUUCAUCCUCGUCGCUGUCCUCUUCGCCUACGGACCCUGUGGCACCAGCUGCGGAACCGACACCCUCUCAGACUGCCGAGCUUUUGGUAACUCAGCAGUGGCUCAGACUAAUCAUUUGGCUCUCUUCUUUGCGGCAAGGGUAUCUGUCAUGGGGUUCGGAGAACGAGAGUAUGCAUUUCGCAUUCCCUCUGACGAUUGCUAGGCAAACUGCCCUGGUCUUGCGCUCUCUCAUGCAAAUUGGGGGAUUCGAUGCAAAGGGGAUGGCAGCGCUGGAGGUCAACGGGAUUGGCAUCUUUGAGAAGAUCUUUGAGAUUGGCGCUUGGUGUAUGAACGUGCUGGACUCGUACGACAAGGCCUCUAUGGAGGGUCAGUUUCUGACCUUGCCCAAUUUCGGCCGGAAACUCAGUGCAUGCUCUGGAAAGGGCAAGCAAGCCGCCAGGUCAGCAAAUAACUCCCCAGCCGAGCAGGCCAUGGAAUACGAGGAGGAAGAUGAUGUCGAUCUGCUCGAUGUCUUCAUGAGGGCACUCAGCGCAACGCCGACGAGUAGGAAGCAAUUUGCCGAGCCUCUUUACAUGUGGGCGACUACAAGACCAGGGGGCAUGCGGAUCGGAUCAAGCCCAGGGUUACAUCAAGACCCUGGCGGCGCCGGUGCUUUCGGUAUGGCACAAACGCAGCAAGGCAUGGCCGGGCAAAUACCGGGACUGGUGAUGGGCCCGGAUCAAGGGCUAGGACUAAGCCAAGCGUCUGGAAUAGGCGCGGUCCAGGGACAUAAUGCGAAUCCGAUGAUGCACCAGCAGCAAUCAAUGCAGCAGCAGCAGCCUGGAAUAUGGAGUGCUGCUUCCGCGCAUGCUCAUGGUCAAGCGCCGCUCGCACGUCCCAGCGGACCUGGACCUGGACAAGGUCAGGGUCAAGGAAUGGAUGAUAUCCCCAUGGGAGAUCAACAACCAUCUCACCAAAACCAAGCCCAAGGAUUGAACAUCGAUCCGAGGCUUGGUGCAGGUUCCAACGCCCCCGGAGGAUUGCAGCAUGCGAGUUUCGUUCGCCAACAACAGCAACCGCUCCGUCCCAAUGCACCACAUCUGUCCGGUCCGCUUCCCGGUCAAUUUGGGGAUCCGCCUACCUCCCUCUACAACGUUCCAGGGUGGAGCCCCAUUGACCCUGGGGGCCUUACGAGAGCGAGGAGUCGCACGAUGGGCAUGGGGCAGCAGCAGCUGAAGGGACUCAUGGCUAUGGUUCCCACGCCAGGGUCUUCCGGGUCUGGUUGCGGGACCGGGCCUAGUACUUCCCAAGCUGGAGCCGGAAGUUGA